AGAUUUUACAGCUCAGGUUCUUAUCCAUUUUGCAUAAUCGUCGUAGUCAUCUUAUUAUUGGGUGUUUCUGUUUACUUUCCAUAGAUUUUCUUUAUCAGAGACUUUUAAAACUAUUUCUAUUAUUUAUUUCUAUAUUUUUCAAAAGAAAUUUGUUAACUUCUUCUGUAUAUUCCAAUAAUUAGUUAACAACUUAACAUAUUUUAUUCUUGUUGUCGAAGUUUAUCACCGAUCGGGUCUCUAUCAGACUCGUUUCUUUAUUCAAACUCUCACCAUAUUAUGUAGAGAAUCUUUACUAAACCCUGUAAUUUUUUACUCUGGACUAAUCUUGUACGCUAACACCGCUUUUGGCGUUCUUAUCUUUCUUUGUUUCUUCCGGCUGCAUACUAGUGGGUCAUCACUCAGAUUACUGUGGGUUGGUGUUUGGAGCUGAAAUUGUCGGUUAAUGGCGGAAUUUAUCACAGGGCCUCGAGUGUACAGCUGUUGUAAUUGUCGGAGCCAUGUUUCGCUUCACGACGAUAUAAUUUCUAAGGCCUUUCAGGGAAGACAUGGCCGAGCUUUUUUGUUCUCCCAUGCAAUGAACAUCGUGGUUGGACCAAAAGAAGACAGACAUCUCAUGACUGGUCUCCACACUGUUGCUGAUAUCUAUUGUGCUGAUUGCCAUGAGGUUUUGGGUUGGAAGUACGAGCGAGCUUAUGAAGCAUCGCAGAAGUACAAAGAAGGAAAGUUCAUAUUUGAGAAGUUAAAGAUUGUUAAAGAGAACUGGUAACACUACUCAGGUCCUUGUUCCAUUAAUUCCAGCCUUGAAGUAAUUUUCUUAUGGUUCAUGAAGCUCAUCUUGUACAGGAACAGGAAGUUCUACCCAUUUGAAUAUUUGUCAUUGCUUCUCAUUUUUCAAUCUUGCAAUGUGCUUACGUCUGGAAAUUGUAAUUUGGACACUCAAUUUCUGUGUUAAUAAAACGUUGGCAUUUUUCAAA